AAGUGAUUUAUUGAACACUUAGUGGGGACGAUACUACUUGACCGCAUUCCAUGAGAAGAAAGCUUGUUAAUUUAUAUAUAUUUUCUAACCUCAAGUACAUAACUAUAAAAAACGUCUUAUCGUUUGAAUAAUAUGUUGUGCUUUUGUAUUGUAUUGCGUCAUUUUUCACAGAAAACCAUUUAUAUGGUUAAGCAGAAAAGAUAUUGUGAAAAUAUAUGAUAACAAGUUUAAAUUUAUACAAUGUUUAUUCACAGUUCAGUUAUAUUAUAUCUCAAAUGCAGGAAAACUGUUUAGUGUAAUAUAGACUUUACGAGUGUUAGGACGUUUAAAUAUAAAUAAUAUGAAUAGAAAUAUAUUUUCUAUGAUACAAAGAGUAGCAUCUAAUGUGAGAGGUUAUAGUAUGGCGCAAAUAGCACCUUUGCAAAAAGCUGCUUUGGAAGAGCGUUGUAUUCUUGUGGAUGAAUUUGAUAAACCGAUUGGUAAUGCAUCAAAAAGGGAUUGUCACAGAAUUACCGAUGAUGGUACUAUACCACUUCAUAGAGCAUUCAGUGUCUUUUUAUUCAAUCGGAAUGGUGACUUGUUAUUGCAAAAACGUUCUCCAUGGAAGGUAACAUUUCCAAAUUGUUAUACAAAUUCAUGUUGCAGUCAUCCUUUAGCAGAAAUUCCUGAAGAAACUUUAGAGGACGAUGCAAUAGGUAUUCGUAGGGCAGCGCAAAGAAGACUUAAUUAUGAAUUGGGUAUUCCUCUAUCAGAGAUCCAACUUUCUGAUUUCUUUUAUUUAUCAAGAAUUCAUUAUUUUUCUUUGGGAGACGGAAUUUGGGGUGAACAUGAAAUAGAUUACGUAUUAUUUCUACAGAAAGAUUAUAUAACAAUUGAUCCUAAUCCUGAUGAAGUCAGUGAAAUUCAAUGGGUAUCAAAAUCGAUGAUUAACGAUUUGACACGUAUAAUAAAAGCACCAUUAACACCUUGGUUUCAACUUAUGCUUCGGCAUAAAUUACAACUAUGGUGGGAUAAUUUAAAGACAUUAGAUAAAGUACAAGAUUAUUCUGUAAUACAAAAAUAUUUGUAAUACAUUGAUAUAAUUGAUUCUAUUUCUGUACUAUCUAUAUAUGUAUUAUUUAAUGAUAAUAUAUAUAUAUACAUUGUC